AUGAGCACUGUCGUCUCGCAGAGUCCUUCCAAUCAGCCGUCAGCAACCAAUCCGGAAAGGCAACAGAGUCAUGUUCGCUCCGGCUCUGUUGGUGAAGAGCAUCUCCAACCUUUGGACCCUUUCGAAUCGAUACAUUCCUCUGGGUCCGAAUCUUCUCAGAUUAAGCCAGGCAGCGUCGUGAACAACAGCGAUGAAACGAUCUACGUGUCUGGUGACCAUUGGACGUCGGUCUGCAAUGAGAUUGCAGACCUCAGAGAGCAGAUCGAUCAGUCUGCCGAAGAAUCGCCGCCUUAUGGAGUGGACACCAACCAGAGCAGGAUGUCCAUGCUGCUCGAAGGCGUGAGAGGCGCUAAAGACCUCCAAGACGUGCUGGCCGACCUUCCAUCACGAAACGUUUGCAACAGGCUUAUUCACAGGUACUUCAAUUCUGCUGAGUACUCAAUUGUGGUCUUACAUAUGCCGACUUUUGAGCGGGAGUACCAACAUUUCUGGAUUGAGCCUCAUGAGUAUUCGCCCACCUGGGUGGGCUUGCUGUUCUCAAUCUUGACAAUAUCAGCUUUCCUCUACCAACGUGCGCAGGACCCUUUACCCGAUGAGCUUGGGACGCCCGAAGAGGUUAUGGAGCUCUUUCAGAGACGAUCGACAGACUGCCUCCUUAUGGCAAAUCACUGCACUGCGCCUGGACCUUAUACCAUUCCAGCACUGUUGUUGAACAUUCAGAACGAGUUCAUACGCCGCCGCGAUGCCCACCUAAGCGUUUGGCUUCUGGCUGGGGUGGCGCUCCGCCUUGCCAUGCGGAUGGGCUACCAUCGUGACCCUGAGGGUUACGCUCAGUUUACGAUUCUGUACACAAUCACCAAGACAAGGAUGACCACUGUAUUCCGAGCAAUCUACAACCGAGUCACUCUGGCUCGCACCGAGUCGUACGAGGGCAUCAUGGCACUACACAGGCGCCUUGCCGCCGCACGAGAAACCAUAUCGCCUCGACUGCAAAUGACCAGCUUUCACAGCAGCAUCACCGGUAGUCCAUAUCUGAUGAUCCGGCGCUACAACCUGGAACUUAUAUAUCUGAAGUCGCUAUGCUUGCUGCACCGCCAUCACAUGGUCAAGUCCUACCAAGAUCCAACUUACAACUUCUCGAGGAUCACAUGCAUCGAGGCAGCAAUGGCUAUUUUGAGACACCAAGCCGAUAUUCGGAUAGAGAUGCGUUCUGGUGAUGCUCUUCACCGAAGCAGAUGGCUUGAGACCUCACUUGCGCAGACUGACUUCUUGAUGGCAGCCAUCAUCAUCUGUCUCGAGCUCAGUUCUUGCGCUGCGUCGCAGCCCGCUCAAUCAUACGAAGAACAACAUAGCAGCGUCUCCAGGUUUAGCCAAGCGGAGUUGCUCGAAACGCUUCGUAGCGCUCACGACUUCUUGGACGAGCUACGGCACCUGUCGAAAGAGUGUCGACAGGCAUUCGGCGUCACCACAGCUAUGUUGAACAAGUUCUCCCAGACGGUCGAGUCCCAGCAGGCGGUUCCUCCACGGGUAGAAGUCUCCGCGCCAUCUGCUGAUACCAACACACUUCUUGGACAAGACGUACUCGAAAGCUCCAGCGGAUCCGGCGACGCAAGCUUCGAGAUGGCGCACGAGCAGUUCCUGCAGUCCGACUUUGCUUCUUCAACACUUGAAGGUCUGGAAUCUUUCUGGAACACUCCUGAGAUGAUAGAUUGGGACCUAUGGGAGGCGUAUGUACGAGGCGCCAACCCCGAAGAAUAG